CAUACAUGCGAUGUGUACCUUGUAUUUACCAUUUGGUUAGUGCCGUUAGUACUCUGUUAAAAUUAAUUUAAAUAUAUUUAAUUCCAAAGAUGAUACACAACUGUAACCGUGCUAAAGUAAAUUUUAUGCUUUAUGAUCAAGUCUACAAGUAAUGAUUAUUUGUAUUGCAAAAGGCUUAUCUAAGCUCUUUUCUACCUGUGACAAGCAUCUUAAAAUACCAAUUUGCGUCAGAUUGUCUCAAAAUACAUUAUUUACAAGUGCAAGUAUGAUGAACCCUAAGCCGCCAAACGUUCUGAUUUAUUCAAACGUUGAGUCAACACAAAAAGAACUUGUAAGUUCUCUUCGAACCAUCCUAGCGGUAAAUGAGUACACCGUGUAUCCGGUUACAAAACAGCAAGUAAAAACGAAAACUUGGCCUGAAAGUACAAAUUUGUUUCUCGUCCAUGGAGCAGUCGAAAGUGAUUUGGCAAAGGAAUUUCUGGACUAUUUCUUGCUUGGUGGUAGAUUGAUAUGCAUAUGUUCCAAUUUGCGGUCAUUUCUGCUGCCCUCAUACAAUUCGGCAGGUAGUUUAGUUUGUGAAACAAUAAAUGUCCCCAGUGAAAAAUGGAAAAACGUGGGCUCGCAGCAAAAUGGUGAAGCACAAAAGGAUGGAUGGAAGCAGCAAACUAACGGUUCACAAAGCGUACUUUCAUUAACGGAACUUAAAACAGGUGGAAAAGCAUUGUUUAGUGAGAUUGCAUUUACCGAACCAACGGAAAGCUUAGAAUCUGACAGCGAAACUAACUUUAAAUUGGAUUUCUUUCGUGAUUUGUUAAAGUCCUAUUUCGGAAUUAAGAUAAGUACAACGAAACCCUCAGAAACUCUACCCUUUGUGAAUGGCUACUUUCUUGGUGAUAGUCGACGCAAAAUGCAUUUUUUGGAACAAACUGUCAAUCCAAUUAAAUCGGGGGAUCUGAGUUUGCAGUUUUGUAACGAUCUAAGUUCCUGUUCAAAGCCAUCUUCAACACUUCAACCAGUGCUGGUGCAUGCAAUUCCAGAGGAUUUCGAUACAACAGAAUACUACAAUUACCUUAAAUGUUCUCAAAUUGGACGAUUAGUGAUUUAUUUACCUGUGGCCAGUAGCUCCAUGACAAUCAUCUCCAGUGCUGAACUCUGUCACGGUUUUGUAAUAAUUCCCAGACAGCAAACGAACGGAAUAGGUCGUAGUAAAAACCAAUGGCUAAGCCCGAAAGGAUGCGCUAUGUUCUCGCUCCAGAUGCACGUGCCGUUGAACAGUCCUCUCGGUCGGCGCUUACCGUUGAUUCAGCACUUGGUAGCAGUUGCCAUUGUACGCGCUAUUCAUGGCAUGGCAAAUUGUGAUAAGUUGGAUAUUCAUCUCAAGUGGCCAAAUGAUAUCUACGCCAAACGAAUCAUCAAAAUCGGAGGACUAAUCAUCAAUUCACGUCUUCAAGGCAACCAAGCGAUUGUGAACAUCGGUUGCGGGCUGAAUGUGAACAACUCCAGCCCGACCGGGUGCAUUGACGAUCUAAUAAGAGAAUUCAACGCUCAGAAUGGCACCGAUUUUCCCUGCUUGAAGAUUGAGCAAACGUUGGCUCUUGUGUUUAACGAAAUUGAGCGGCUUUAUGAAGUAGUUCAAAGCGAUGAAUCUGGUAUGCAGCAUUUGUUUGACCUGUAUUAUAAAAAUUGGCUCCAUCAGGAUGCACCGGUGACGAUGAAAGAUGCGGAAGGUUCCGAAAUUUCUGGUGUAAUAACGGGUAUCGAUGAAUACGGCUAUUUGCUGGUUAAAACGGAUACCCGCGCGGAUCCGUUCAGCGUUCAUCCUGACGGAAAUAGCUUCGAUAUGAUGAAAGGGCUGAUCAUUCCAAAAUACUUUUAGUUGAUAAGCAUUUGUUGAUCUAUUUUUCUACGUACUACUGGGUUAAUUUCAUAUGUAGAUAGAAUCAUAUGAUAAAAAUAGUUGUGAGACAAUGAAGAGGGUUGAUCAUUCCAAAGUGCUUUUAGUAGAGGGUUAUUAUGAAAAUCUAUUUUUCAAUGGGAUUCAUUUGUUAGAAUAA